CUUUCUCUCCAGCAGGGGUGGGAAUAUUUAGUUUAGAGGGACAAAAAACUGACAGUGAGUCGUUUGGCAGCCGGAAGAGUCGACUCUUACUGUGAGUUGAGUCAACUGAUUCGUCUCUCUGAGAAGAUCUGGAAUUCUCAUCACUACUGCAUUAAAGGGAUUUUUUUUUUUUUUGGAAAACACGGCAACGUUACCUGGAAUGACGUGAUUGGAGGAGAAGUGGGGGGUUGAAAAUCUCGCGAUGUUUAAACGAGAUUGUGACUCAGGGUUGAAGGAGACAGUUGGACGGAAGCGACCUCUAGUGGCGUGGACUGAAGUGACCAUCAGGUCAGGGUGAAGAACUUGAGCGGUCGGGAUGCUGCUCAUCGCAAAUCGUUCUGAUGAUCGUGAGUGAGGAAGUCACGCGCUCCAGACCGCCACCGACCCCGACUUUAUUACACACCGACUUUAUUACAGCGCGCGCGCUUCCGGAAACUUAUUUCUAUCUGCGCAACGCUUGCACGCGCACUUCGGUUCUGCUUUUGACAGUUUUAUUUAUUAUUUAUUUUUUUUACAGAAAAAUCAUUUUAGAUUGUGUGUGUGUGUGUGUACUCGCCACAUCGUUGUUAAAAUAAUCCUAACGCUGCAUUGAGGAUGAGGAUGAAGAUGAAGAUGAGGUUUUAUCCGGAGCAGCUCAGACGCAGGGUCUCGUCCUAAAUCAGCUCCGGUUCCUGGCGGAUGAAUGAAGCGGAUCUGCGCAGCUUCCAGAAAAGCAAGGUAGAGCUGUCUCACUGCACCGGAGUCUGGGCGUGAUCUCGUCACACUGGACGCAGUCAUGGAGAAGUGCUGUUCUGAGUGUCCGGAGCCACGACUGGCCCAGAGUUUAUGCACCUUCUGCAACAAGUGGUUGUGUUUCCAAUGUACCGAUCUGCACCAGCACGAGAGAACAUCAGCAGCUCCACCAGCCGAGUCCCGGCAUCACCCGAGCUCCAGCAGUCCCACGGUGCCAUCAGAACCAGGUUCGGCGUGUUGUGGCCGUGCGGUUGUCAGGUGUCCGCUCCAUAAACAGGAGCUUCUGGAGCUCUUCUGUGAGACGUGUGACCUUCUGGCCUGCAGCAUCUGCCACCUGUCUUCACACAAGGACCAUCGGCUGGUCCAUGUUGGCAAGGCUUUACAGGAUCAGCAGUGGCUCCUGGAGAACCUGAUGGCUCGGGUGGAGGAGAAGAGAUCGGCUGUGGAGAACACCGCCAAGCAGAUUCAGGGCAGACUUCACAGCGUAAAGAUCACGCAGAGGAAGGCUGAGAACCAGAUUAAAAUGGCCAAGAUGAUCAUGAUGAACGAGCUGAACAAACGGGCCAACCUAUUAAUAGAGCAACUGGAGAGUAUCUCCAGCGGUUUUAAGCAGCAUCUGGAGGGCCAGCUGCAGGGGGCGAUAGAGCUUUGUAGCCAGCUGGAGCACGUGCAGAACUUCAUCACCUGGGCGGUGGCGCAUCACAGGAGGAACCCGCUGCUGUUCAGCAAAGAGCUGAUCGCUCUUCAGAUGCAGCAGCUCCUGGAGCCGCUCGUGCACUCCGAAACCUGGGCACCUCUGAAAAUAAAGUUCAACUGGGACGCCAGCUUCUGGACCAAGCAGAUCUCCACUCUGGGUCAGCUCAGCGUCGAUGGAGGAAGCCGCUCGUUCUCCGAGGCAGUGGGCCGGCCCGCUAUCCUGAGACCUCAGCCUGUCCCCUGCGUGUCCGUGCCGUCUCUGUGUUACCCGCUCCGAGAGACAGACUGCAGCUAUCAGUCCUUCUGCCAGCACCAGCUCUGCUGCCUGCACUGCAGACCGGCUCCGUCUGUCCCGCUGGAGAAGUACCCGCUUCCAUUGGACAAGUAUUCGGUACCGCACUCUCAGGAACCCAGCUGCAGUUCUCCUCCGAGCCUGCAGAGGUGCUGGAAUUCUGAUUCCACGGCCCAAGUGCAUCCAUCCCAGAAUUCCACGCUGCCUGAGUCAGUGCAGCGGAGCCCGGACCCGGACGCAGUGAAACACCCUGCCGCGAGCAGCCCAGAGUGUCCCACAGAUCGGGAGAUCUUUCCAGAAAAACAGCUUGAAGAUCCAGCGGGCGUGGAGUGCAGUGAGGCUCGUCUCUCGGCGCAGACAGAUGAGGACACGAGAAGCCCUGGACCCUCAGACAUGCUGGUACAGAACGGAGGAUGUGGAGCUAACUCCGAGAGCCCAGAGAGCAGAACCGGAGUGUGCAGCAUCUCAGCAGAACCGGGAUCAUCAGGCAGCACUUCAUACGAAUCCUGUUCUCUCGGGGUUAAUCAGAGCGGAGGAACAGCGGCCGAGGGACAGGAACACACGCCGGCACGGCAGCCGGACUACACAAGUCCUACUGACAAAACUCCAGACGAUGUGAUGAUCCGGCGUCAUCCGGACAGUCGUGAUGGUUCUUCUCAGACGGCCUACAAGACUGAGCCAGAUAACGUGUAUACGUCAUAUUCUUAUGAAAAUAUCAGCUGUAUAUCUCCAGCUAAAUACAGCACAUCACGAAAAGUUCAGGACACCAGAAAAGCUCCUGAGGGUUCUAAGGUUCCAGUUGUGUGUCUGGAACGGCUGAAGAUCCUGGUGUCCAGAUGUCCACCACAGGGACACCACAGCAUGGAUCCUCCUGCUGACUCCAGACUGAAGAGUGAAGGAGAGCCUUCCCGGAAGCUGGACAGAGAACUUAGCACUGAGGAGGAAUCUGGUGAAGAACCAGGACGGAGAGUGGAGGUGUAUCAGCUACUGAGUGAACCACCGUUAGCAGAACAUCUUCCAUGCAGCGCAUCACCAGUGAAUUCAGAGUCGUCAUUACAGGAGAUAUGCAACCAAAGCAAGGAAUUUUCAGCGUCCAGUACUGCACCAGCCCAGUCCAGCGAUCCGGAACCUUCCACACCAACCGAGUCUAUACUCGCGUCCGACCCCAAUCCAUCUGAACCCAGAUCAGUGCCAGCGUCCGAUUUGCAGCUCAGAUCCACUGCGGAAGCUGACUUCGGCUCAGACGCAGAACUGGAAUCUGAACUUCAAGUACAAUCAGAUCCGAGUUCCACAUCUGAACCGCAGAUUGAAUCGGACUCAGAAUCAGACCUGGAAUCCGAGCAGGUUCUGGAGCUCUCUGGAGAGUCCGAGCAGGAGCUGGAAUCGGAUCCAGACUCCACCGCUGAAGUGACUCUGAAUUUGGAGCAGGAGUGUGAAUGGGAGGCGGAACGAGUCGGUGCGGACGCGAGUGUGCAGGAGGAGGUGGGCGUGGUCGAGCAGGAGUGUGUGGAGAUUGAGAGCGAGGACUUCUGCGCCGUCUGCUCCAUCGGAGGCGAGCUGCUGUGCUGCGAUCGCUGCCCCAAGGUCUUCCACCUGACCUGCCACGUGCCCUCUCUCCUCAGCUUUCCCACGGGCGACUGGGUGUGCACUCUGUGCAGAGACGUGCAGCGGCCAGAGGUGGAGUACGACUGCGAGGGCUCCCGGCUGCGCCCACACACACCGCCAUCUGCACUGUCACCAUCUGACCUGAGGAAAUGUGAGAAGCUCACGCUGCUGAUCUACAGCAACAUCCUGAGCGCUCCGUUCCACGAACCCGUCAGCCCGCUGGCUCGUCAUUAUUAUCAGAUCAUCAAGAGGCCCAUGGACUUGUCUGUGAUCCGGAGCAGACUGAACACGAGCAGCUCGGCUCACUACGGCUCUUCCGAGGAGUUUGUGUCUGACGUGCUGCUGAUGUUUAAAAACUGUGCCAAGUUUAACUACCCGGAUUCAGAAGUGGCUCAGGCCGGCCGCAGUCUCCAGACCUUCUUCUUCUCCAAGCUCAGCGAGGUUUUUCCCGAGCUCAGCUGUCCUGCUCCUGACGACGACUCUGACAGCGAUGAUUACGAAGAGCCGGAGUGUGCGGCCGCCGUGGCCUUCCCCUGGCCUGAGCGGAGAGAGCAGAGCCACAGGAAGAGGAAGAGGAGGCGCUCGCUCAGCUGGAGGAGACAUCACUAUUAACCUCCUGUUCCAUGAUGGACUUCUGAAGCAUACGAGUUACACAGCUUCCAUCUGAGAGCUAAACCUGAUUCAAACUUUUUUUUUAAAGUUCCCUUCUUCCUCCCCCUCCCUUAACUCUUUGUAAUCCUGUGCAUCACGCCGUUCCGCUGGAGGUUUAUAAACGAUGCUGCGAUGUUCUGCACUGCGAUGGACGUCACGUCAGAGCUUCUCUUUGGAAAGUUUUUGAUAUCUCACAGGUUGCUGGCGACUGCUGCUUAGUGGAUGUAGAUGAGCAAUGUCGAUUAAUAUACAGUAAUAUACAGUAUAUUUAUUAUAGAGAAUGUGAUAUUGUAUGUUUUGAUAUGCUUUAUACUCCCCGUAUAUAACCAGCUUUGACUUUUUCCUACUGUAGUAACCCAUUAGGCCUGUAGAGGGAGCGGUUUAUCAGAUCGCCUUAAGCCCAACAGCCGUUCACAUUGGACAGACCAUGUUGAAUUAAUUUUCCUCUGGCGAUUUAUCAAUCAAAAUAUUCCUCCUAUUCUGGAGAGGAACAUGGAUUCUGAUUGGACGUUGCUAAGUAACUCGUUUUAAAUAUGUAUAAUUGCUUAAAUGUUAAUUUAGUAAUGAUUCUGAAAUGUUCAAGGUAUGAAUUAUUUCUCAGGUAGAAGUGAAGGAGGAGUGCGGUUUAUUCCUCUGCAUAACUCACGUACAGGGUAGAUCAGAAAUGAAAAGCUCUUAAUAAUAAUAAUAAUAAUAAUAAUAAUAAUAAUACUUUGUAAUAGUGUAGAAUUUGUUCAUUUCUUUUUAACUAAUGUAAUUAUCUGGAAUAUUUGAGCUAUAUAUAGACUUCAGUUUGCACUUCAGCUCAUUUUGCUUCUUCAUAUAAUCCCUCUAUAAAUCAUUUACAGCUUUAUUUAAGACUGACGUCAUCAGUAUCUACUUUUUUAAACUUUUUCUUCUUCUUCUUUUUUUAAUCUACUGUAUGUUCUGUACAGAUUGUAUAAAUAGUCCACGGUGAAUCUUAUUAACUGCUACUGCCAAAAUUAUUUUCACAUGUGACUGCGACUUUUUAGUUAAAUUUUGUAUUAUUUUUUUUAAGUUUUACGUUGUUUUUUUUUGACAAACAAUAUAAAUCACUUCGCUCUGGUACUCGCGACACUUUGUCAGUGUGCCAUAAACACUAGUCAUAAACUGAAGAUUUUGUUUAAUCACAAAGACUGCAUGUUCACACUGUGACGAGGUAAAGACAACGUCCACGCUUUUACUGUUGAGUUUGGACAUCAUUAUAAUAAUCCUUUAACAUAACAAACAGCUUCACUGACUCGCUUUUAUAAGAAUUAAACAUCCUGAAACUUCAA